ACAGAGACAACAUUAAAAGAGGGGAGAUGUUUACUAGAUAUGGAAGAUGUAAAGGUAAAUUGACUGAUAGUAGUUUUCAAGAAAGCCAAUAAGUGAGGCCUUAUGCUUUAAAAACCAUUUUACCUUCAGAUCGGCAAGAAUUCCGAUGACUUUAAAUGCGGCACAUUUGUCAACAAAAAAUCUUGAGAGCGUCUGCAUUUUAUUUCUUUGUGCUAGCAGUGUUAGGAGAAAAAUACCACGGAGCCCUAGGUUUUACUUGUCGGUAAACACUCUUGAAGGAACUGCUUGAAUUCCUCACAAAAUAACAAAAUAACCGUCCAUUCGCGUAGUUGGUGAUUAAAAGAUUAUUUUAACUGUCAAGGAUUAUUUCAUACAAAAAUAAAAAUGAAAAAAAAAAAAACCUUCUAUCGCAGAAGCACUCCAUAUAGCCUUCAUCUAGACGGAGACCAUUGUAGACAGUCGAGCCCUCAGUGCGGUCAGUGAUGACGUCAACGAUUACGAAUCACUGACGCCGAACCACUUCCUCAUCGGACGGCCAUCACCCUACAUACAGCCCACCCGGUCAAUUUGAAAAGCGCGAAGUUAAUAGCCACAAGGAAUGGAGAAUAGCCCAGGCACUCGCGGACGCAAGGAGAGCCUUCCUUAAACCCGUCAAUCCCUUCCUAAUGGAAUAAAGAACAGCUAAACUUAAAGGAAGAUGACUUUAUCGGGUCACAUGAGUUCUCACAUUGGUCCCUUGGUAGAGUUCUGAAGACAUUUUCAGGAGAUGAUGGGAGAGUGCAAAUGAAGUGAAAGACACCCAACGAAACUUUGAUGCAGCUUAUGGCAAAGUUGUGCUUGGUGGAAAAAUCUGCUUCAUAGAAUGGACAAUGCCGAACAGUGUUUUACUUUAUUGCUUGUAACUUAGCUUGUCGUUCAUCUUAUGGUGUUUCUGGGAAGGGAGAGAAGAUCAAGUGGAGCAGCCGCUGGCUAUGUUAUUUGUGGUAAAUUGUAAAAUUUCCGUGAUUACCCGCGAGGGUGACUCGGGAACACGAAGUCAGUAAGAAUUAAAAAGUUGUUGUUGCGUUACAAUAGUCUCGACGACGAAUUUGUUAAUUGGACUAACCACAGGGGCAGUAAUAACUGGCAAAAGUACAAACAAUGGACUAGGUCAUUUGCCUAGGCACAUCCUCUUUAAGAACUUCACAUUGUGCCGAUUUUCCACUCGAAAAGUGCGAAUUUACUCCCUUUAUUUGAUUUUUGUUUCAGAUUGUAGAAAAACAACUUGGUAACCUCGUUAUGGAUAUCGAGAACGAAAAUGAUCCUGUAUUUAGGCUCGAACAAAUAUUGGAAAAAAAAGUGGAGGUCGUGCUUCUAUGCUGUUCCAUCGGGGCAAUAACUAUUUACUUUAUCGUGCUACUAGUCCUAAGGUUAGUUGUUGUGUUGCUUUUAAGGAAAAAACAGUGCUUUAUCAUAUCGAAAAACUCGUCCUUAGGUUUAUGGAAAACGGUUGACUUGAUCUAAAAUGUUAAUAAUUUGUUUCAGAGUGGAAAUCACAGAAAAGAUUUUUGUGCACGUAAAUAUGCUACUUUCGCUGGGCAUUGCACACCUGGUGUACGUAUUGGAUUUUACAGUGUUUACCAACAGAGUGGAACAUCCAGUAAGUAGUUUAUUUAUCAUCUUGAAACCCAUACUAGGCCUUUUUCUAUGGUCAUUGACAGGUGGGAGGCCAGGGCGAGUAACAUUCUCUGAAAACUGCAUAAUUAAUUAGAAUACAAAGCCAGAAUCCUUUUUUGUCAUUCAAUAUUAAAAAAUUCUUACCUUAAAAACGGCUAAAAUUCGAAAAACAAACGAACAACAGAAAAAACCAUUCUUACAUUGAUUGAUGUUUAGUUCUCUUCAUUUGCCUGAUCCUCCUUAAAUUCAGGAUAUAAAGGGAUUUUUAGCCUUCAAAUAGCAGUUGCCGUACCUCUAGUUCUUUUUUUGCUGUUUUUGCUAUGUUUUAGUCAGUAGUCUGGCUACUGUUUCGACAUCCUCUGCAUGCAGCCUGGGCAAAAAUAACUGUGUCAUCGUUUUAAUAUUUGAUAUGUCAGCUGCCUUCGACACAGUCGAAAAUCACAUAUUGUUACAAAUUAAGACUCAGUCGCCGUUUUGGAAUCAAAGGAAAGGCACUGGCUUGUAUGUGGUCCCUGGUCCGGUCGGUUUUACUUUGUGAUGUAAUUUUCGGGAAGAAAAUGAGGUUUCAAUACAAACGAAACUUUCUGAGACAGCGUUUAUUGAUCUGUUUGCCUUCUUAAGCUCGAUUCGAGGUUUUCCUGAUGACUAGCGAAGGAGGUAAAAUCAAGUUAAGGCAAACGUAGGUGAAUUUUGUUCUGUUAUUUGUGUUUUUUUAUGGCCCCUUAAAUUGGAUAUAUAUUGAAUUCAGGCAUAUGCGAUUAAGUGCGUUAAGUUUAAGAAAGCUGUUAAUUUUUGGUUACAUUAUUGCGUACUAGAAAUGUUCUUUCCACUUGCAAAAAAAAAUGCGGUAGAAAGUUUGAAUUUUGAAACCAAAAUUGUAGAUAAUAUUCUAAAGCAAAUUUUGCAUACUAGGUCUUUGAUCCAGCCACCGGACGAUAGCAUAAACCAGCAAAAUAAUGAUUGAAAAGGGAGAGCCUCAGAAAGUAUAGUUUUCUUUUCGUUUAGUUAUUAGGAAAUUAAGAUUCAAGAGUUAAAGUGAGGAUCUUUCAACUUUGAGUCACAUUUUAAAUAAAGCACUCUCAUGUUUUGGAGUAAAUGAUCAAAACUGCGUACAGCGUAUAUUCGAUCCGUCCGAUUGGUUCCAGUUACUAUACACUGUUUUUCCGAGUGAUGUCCUCAAAAGUUAUGAUUUGUCGUAUCCUUUUUACGCCGAUGACAGCCAGAUAUACAUGCCCUUUCACCGUCACUGGUGAACCUGGGUACUCCAAAUCUAAACGAGUAUCCUUGACACCAGUAGUUGGAUGAGAGCCAAUAGGAUCAAACUCAAUAACGAAAAAACUGAGCUUUUGGUGCCGAACGCCUUUGAUUGCCCCCUCAGGCAGCUAAGCUCCGUUUACGCAAUCAGUGAAUAAAUUAUAGCCACUAACUCGGCUAGAACCAUCGGCUUUUGGUUUGAGAUCAAUCUACAAGCAUGUGAAAUUUCUUUGCAAGACUCCUUUCUGCCAAUUACGUAACUUGGCCACUAUUAGAAGGUUCCAAAAGCACUGUGAAAUUCUCUUACACGCCUUUGUUACAGUGUACUUCCGCUAUAAUCAAUCAAUCAAUCUUUAUUGUACUCACUCUUGCUCAAAAAUGAAUUACAACAAUGAAAAUAUUAAAAGUAACUCCCUUUUAUUUGGUCCAUCUGGUCUCCUCAGCAUCUGUUGCAAAACAUGUUUAAAAUACUGCAGCCAGUUCCCUCACACGUACCCAAACAAAUACGACCACGUUCCCCGCAUUUCUUUCUUUUUCAGUAGAUAUGGAAAACGUCUUCCAAAUUUGGUUCACCCUAGCUGGUUACAAAGAAUUAGUCGGGGUAUUUGAGCCAGUCAAAAACGAGAAAUAUUUUGGAUGAGAUGGUAACAAGUAAGGUUUAAAUUUCUAAAAUUCGGAUAUGUACACACUUUUUUUAUUGUCUUUUAGGUUCUCUGUUCGACUGUUGUGGUAACUCUUCAUUUUCUGGAAACAGCUCUGUUUACCUGGAUGUUUGUGGAAGGAAUAAACCUCUACAACAAGUUGGUCAAGGUUUUUUCGAUGCGAAAGCAAUACUUAGCUUUCACGGCAAUAGGAUGGGGUGCGUUACUUUUCUUGAUACUUCUAUUCCAGUCAUUUUGUGGUUGGACCCGGAACUAUAAAUGCAACAGAAGCGUUCUCUUCGCUAGUGUACGUAGUUUUCUAUGACAAUAGAAAUCUUAAAAUCUCCAAAUCCAAAAAAUCGGAACAGUAUUUCCGUGAUAAAAUCGAAAUUUCCUUCAAAGCCCAUUCCCCUCGCCCCCCCCCACUGAGUCAAUGUCAAGGGUAAAAACGUUUCAAACCGCCUCACGUUUAAAUUAAGUAACGGUCUGAAAAGAUAUUAAAGUGUAUAAAACGAUGGAAAUAUAAUUUACACGGUCAUUGUACAGCUACCUUUGUUAAAUCUAAACUUUCAAGUGUUCUCCCUUGAUAUAUACAGUCAAACCUCCACUGAUGUCCACCUCUCUACAACGGCAACGGCCACUUAAACGCGUGUCCCCAACCGCCAAAAUAACUUCUCGACAUCGGCCAGUUUUUUUUUUUUUCAACGACAGAUGAAAAAGUCAAGAAUGGUCAUGAAAUUUGAUCUGCAUGGAACGUUUGAGAUCAAUCGGGGCAAUCGUAUUUUCAUUUUGUUUCAUUUAUACUGCUGCAGUAAGCAUAAAUAGUCUAAGAUAAUUUGUAGCGAAUGAUGCGAACUUUGCUCGUUUUGUCACGUCAACAUUUUGAUUGAAGACAUAAUUCAAGCUUUUGUGUAUAUAUUAAGUAUGAUAGGAUUACUAUGAUUACAGAACACAGUAAGCAUGAACUUAACACGAUAACUGACAUGUUGUACUCUCUAAAAAAUGUCAUAUAAUCACCCCCACCUUCCCAUAACGGCCACCUCUCCACAACGGUCAGUUUCUUCUGUCCCCGGCCAAGGUGGUCGCUUUGGAGAGGUUCGACUGAACCAUCAAAUUCCUUUAAGACCCAUGCAGCACGCAAUAACAACUUCAAUGGAUACCCAAACACCCUAAAACAAGUAAACAUGCUAAUGAAAUGAGAUUGAUUGUUACUUUCUGGAAAAAAUUACGCUGCAAAGGAAAAGUACGUUUUGUUAACAGCUCUUGGCCACCAUAAAUGGAAUGGAUAUGAAAGGUUUACACCCUGAAAAACCUUCAAGUUUCAAUAUCAUUACCCAGUUAACUCGUUUCUCAUUUGUUUGUGUCGAUUAAUGUUUCAUAAUUUUCAUAACACUCAAACUGUACAUUGACUUAGUUUUAAGCACGCGUGAUAUCAUCAGUAUUCAGAUUGCAAGUCAAAUAUUCAACGAGCCACUUACUUGCUCCCUUAGGUGGGGAGAGGUAACAUAUUUCUUCAACGCUACGGAUUGCGAAAACCGUAGCACGGAAAGAAGUAGUGUCACACCCAAAAGGACUUGAAUAUACAACAUGCAACAAACACAAACAUCCUAACUACUGCAAUAGGCCUCACUAUUAGGAAGAGAUCAAAACGGAUAAUGGGCCCUCGUUUAAUGGAUCGAAAUUUGCGAACUUUGCUCGGGAACAAGGGUUAAGAAACCGAAAGGUCACCCCUGGGUACGCUGAAGCUAAUGGUGACGUGGAGCGUUUCAUGCAAACCCUCAAGAAGAGUGAGAGAAUUUCUAAACUUGAAGGAAAAGCUAUUCGCGAGGGAGUGCAAAUAACGGUUGGCAACUAUUGAGCCACAUCCCACCCAGCGACAAAGGAAAGCCCUGACAUCCUCAUGUUUGGUAGAGAACUACCGAGGAGGCUACCGGAAAGGAUCGUACCUGCAGGAAAAAUUCCAUACGACCGAAUCAGACAAAGACCCAAUCAGAGACGUGGCUAAAAAGAAGCAGAUGAAAGAGUAGCCGGACAAGAGACGGAACGCCCGGGAAAACCUUAUGUUCUGACCCCAGCAUUUGACCCCCGACCCUUCUCAGUAAUAGGCGUGAAAGGAAGUAUGAUCACCGUGAAAAGGGGUACGGAGAUUAAAUCGCGGAAUUCAUCCCAUUGUAAGUUGCUGAAGCACGCGAGGGAGGAUGAGUACGUCGCUGUGGAUUUGGACCAAGGUCUGGAUGCAUCCCGCGCGGAAGAAACUGAAAGCAGGGAAGAUUUGCGUUUGCAACCCGACAACCUCGGCGUAUCCAGUGAAAUGACAAUUGGUGGUCCACGUAACAAGCCUGAUGGUCCACCGACAUCCUUAGGAGGGACCGAAACGGCGAGACAUCAACAGCAGCCAGGCAAUACUGUAGUAUGCGGGCCAAGAAGAUCAGCACGAACAAGAACGUGUACUUGGAACACUAUUUACAGGGAGUUUGAGCCACACUAGACAAAAAUGGGGAGAUGUAUUGUUGGGUCUCAAGGGACUUAAUGCAGGAUAAUUAUAUGCGAAAUGAGCGUUAACACUCUAACAAAAGAGGGACUUGAUUUACAUAUGGGACAGUGGUGAACAGAGUAGUAGGAGGGCUAUUAACGGAACUAAAGGCGUAUGAUGUAACCGUUUAUUGAGCCCCAUUUGCGACUUUACAAGUAUUUUCCCAGGUAGAUAAUCUAUUAAAGCAUAAAAACAUUGCCCUAAGUUGAUCGUUUUUAGUGAUUAUGUAUUACAUAAACGCCUUCAACAUAAGCGUUAAAGAAAGACUUUAAGCCUUCUUUCCAUGCGGUAAUAAACAAGGGUCUCGGAAAUAGCCUGCGUAGCAAGCGUUUCCGCGCGAGUUCGUCGAGAAACGUUGGGACAAGAGCAAAAAAAAGAGGAAAGACGGGGGAGGGGGAGGGGAAAGACGGAAACGCUUGCCCGCAAACCCCACGAUUUUGAAAAACUGCGUUCGCCCACGAACGCAGCUUCUGAUUGGUGCGGUACUGGUAGUGUUGAUUACUUAGCACUCGAAACAUCAAUCAAAACAGGUAUGCUUUGUUUACGUGCGCCACAGAUCUGGUCUUAUCUGAUCUGUGGUCACAGAUUACAAUUGCUUUGGACAGAUAUUUAUUUGAAUCGUGUUUGUGCGAAGGUUUAUGAGAUCAGAGUCGUUAAAGUAUAAUGGGAGAUCGAGCAGUGGAGACUAGUGAAGGCCAAUUUAUUGGGAAUGAUGGCGUGCGGAUCUGACAGGAAAAAAUGGACUGUUUGAUGGAGAUAACAUCAGGGCAAACAUCAACGUAAAUCAGAACAUCGGUUCUCGACACUAGCUAAAGCCGCCAUGGACAAGCGAUUUGUCAGCUUUUUGAAAUGAAAAGAUUCUUUUCGUUUGUUGGAAAUUUAGCAGCAUGUAUUGUAGAGAACGUUUCGACACGGGCUGAAGAGCAGCCGUUCUGCAAAACUUAUAGCCGGCGGAGUGAAUGGUUCCGGACAAAUCAUUUUUGACGGUUCGACAAGGUUUCAGACGUGAGAUAAAGCCACACAUUAAAAAACAAGAAACUCCGCAGCAAUCGCUCAGAGUUUUAACCCUCUGUUAUCGUAAACCUUUUCUAUCACAGUUUCUGCAAUCGCCUGGAACGUGUUCUUUUGGAGAACAAAGUAAUUUUACAAAUCCGGUAAUCCAGGGGUAAUCUGUUAUCCUUCUAUUUUGACGAGCUGUCAAUUUACAAAUGAAUCGAACCGUGAAAUAUCAAGGGGCGUUUUCCAGAAUCGUGGGGUUUGCCGGCAAGCGUUUCCUCUUCUCCCCUCCCCCUCCCCCUUCCCCUUUUUUUUUUUUGCUCCCGCUCUACCUUUCGCGCAAUAACUCGAUUGGAAACGCUUGCGACACAGGCUACAUCGGGAAGGUCUCAAAUGCUCUCAAGUUAUCUCGUUCUUAAGCAACUCCCCCUGCUAGGACUCUAUGGGACUUUUGAUAUGUUAUUAAGGACGGUUUGAUGAUGACAGUUGGAGUAUCCUCUGUUGCAAUUAGUUUCAGGUUAACCUACUAUUUUCUACAAAAUGAAUGGAGUAUUCAUGGGCUGAGAUUUUUCUCAGAACAUUUUAAUCAAUUCACAAAAAGUUGUUUUAUUAUUAUUAUUAUUUUCAUUUUGCCUCAUUUAAAUUAUAUAUAUACACACAAUUCAGAAAGAUGAUUCAAGGGAGCCCAUGCAAGCCAAUAAAACUUAAGAAAAGGACCACCUUUAAAAAUAUAUGACUUACAGUGCGACCAUACGAACCGAGGCCACCGAGAUAAAAUUUUGAGACAAAUUUUGAAAGUAGACAAUAACAAGUCUAGCUUAAGACAAUGAAAUUGCUCAUAAAUGUACUCAGUUCAAAAUACGUUGCGAACCAUUUUUCUAAAGGAUAUAAAUAAAGAUUUAGGAAGUUUAUAUAAAUUAAGCUGAAAAAUGUUUAGACAUGUUCCGCCCUAACUCUUCGUUGAUAGCUCUGUCAAAUCAUCCAAACUGCGACUCACUCGCUAAGAGCCUUGAAACGAGUGGUCGUCGCCUAAUUUAGUUCGGAUUGCUCAAAAUUUCUUUACCGCUGGCUUUGAUUCCCGCCAACCCAGACGUUGUCAAAACAUUUUUCAGCUUGAUUCAUUAUAUAAAACGUCACGAUACUUUAUUUACAUCCUUUAUAAAAAUGGUUCGCUGGGUCAGUACAAUUAUGCGCAAUUUGAUCGUUUUAGAUCUCGACUUGUGAUUAGCUUAUUUCAAAAUUUAUCUCAAAAUUUUGUCUCAAAAUUUUGUCUGGGUGGCCUCGGUUCGUGUGGUCCCACUGUAAUUAUGAAAUAAAAUAGUGGCAAGUGAAAAUAGAAAGCAACAUAUUCGAAAAAAAAAAGAAAAAAACGAACAAACAAACUUGAUUCCGUGCCCUUGAGCGGGACAUGAACUCACGUCUCUCUCUGCUCAGCUAGCUAGUCAGGUAUGCUUACUACUAAACACGCUGGUUACGCCACAGCGUAAAACCUACCAGUGACUACAGUCAAAUGAUACUAAGACUAGCGUGAUAAAAUUAAUUUUGAUUACAUUUAUUCAAGGAAUUCCAGCGGUCAUUGUAGGCAUUACAGCUGCCAUAAAGCCCUCUACGUAUGACAUGGAAUCACCAUUGAAGGAAGUCAUAUGUGAACCGUUUAACUUUACUGGGCGUCCUGAGAGAGAAAGGUAAUCAGCCACGUUAUAUCUUUUCUUCAAUUUUUCUCUGAUAACCUCUCUCUCUCUCUAUCGUUGUAUAAUUGUAUAUUUUAUCGUAGAUGUUGGCUCAAUGGAAGUACGUGGAUCUACAAAGGGCCAGUCUUGUUUUUUCUGUUGGUAAGAAUUGUAAAUAACGUCAUUUCUACUAUAAAUAAAGACUAUAAACAUUUACUCGUUUAAAAUACAAUACUGCAUUUUAUCAUUAAAUAAGUCGAACCCGCUUUACGGACACCCGACUGAUACGGGCAGUUUUCCUUAUCCCUGAAGAAAGCCCUCACAAUUUCUCUAAAUUGAAACAGCUUAAUUAGGCAUUUCGGAGUCGCGUAGGCAACUGGGGCGAGUUUCAAAUUUCAACUAAUCGAUAAACUUACACCAUCAUAUAAAAGGUCAUGUUGAGAUUGGUCAUUUGACCAAGUUUGUGCUCUAAAGUUGAACAGGGAUCAAGUUAUGACUCCUGAAACAUGGUUAAAGAUCCAUACAAACGUCUAUAAUUUUGUGACAGCGUCCCCAAAGCCAUAUAAACUCUUUUUCUUUUAUUUAAACUAUAAAAUUCGUCAUGCAUCUACUACUUGAAAGGAACUAAUUCGAAAAUCACUGUGUUUGCCCAUUUUUAGGAAUAUCACAGAAAUCGUAAAAAAAAUUAAGAGUUUAUAUGGUUUUGGGGGACGAUGUCACAAAAUUACAGAGGUUUGUAAGGCUCUUUAACCAUGUUUCAAGAGUCAUAACUUGAUCCCUGUUCAACCUUAGAGCACCAAACUGGUCAAAUGACCAACCUCAACAUGACCUUUCAUAUGAUGGUGUCAGUUCAUCGAUUUGUUUAAAUUUGAAACUCGCUCAAUUUCCCUACGCAACUCCGAAAUGGCCAAUAGGGACACUUGUUUCUUGCCCAAUCAACGAAUUCCAAGGAAAGUCAACCUCGCUAAUGCAAUAAGUGUGUGCUGUAAUUAAACUUUUCUUUUGGAAGGUAAAAAAUACCCUUUGGUGACAGCUUGCUGAUGUUCCAACGCUAAAGUACACCGUAUAGAAUCGAUUUUAGACGUCAAUUUCAGACUAAUUUGCUACUAAACGAGUUAUGCAGAGAACGAUGAUAAGACUUUCCUUUACAAAUAGGCAAGCUUUCCAAUUUACGAAAAAUAGGACAACUGAUCUGCACCAAUCAAAUGCCAGAAAAUAAAACAGGUAAUUCAAACUAGCCAAUCAGCACAAAGUCCCUGUGACAACGCGCCAAAAAAAGUCUCGUUAGCUGAUGGCGGUUCGUCGGCGAACGCUCUUUGCUUCUUGUAGCUGUGAACGUCGUUUUGUUUUGAUGCGGUUUUGUUUUGGCUUCUUGUCUGGGCCAUUUAAAAAGGAAAAUUUAUGAUCAAACUGAUGAAAGUUUGUAAUGGAAACAUUCAACGAUUCUUGAAAAUGUACUGAAGCACUGAAACUUUGGACAACAAUAAAAAACACUGAUAUAGUUGCGUUUAGAUGUUAGCAUUACAAAACAAGCGGACAAAGUCUGCGGAAUUCGUUUGAGGUAAUGAAUGAAAUGUUUAUUUUCAAUAGUUUUGGUGUUUUUGUUUCAACUACAAAUGGACAGGUUCGAAUGUACAGUAUUUCGUGUCUGUGACAAGCUAAAAAAUCUGGAUUAACUAACUAGCUAUAUAAUUGAUAAAAAAGAAGACUACAUGCUUGUCCCAUUUGAAAAUAAUUGAAUUCAAAAAAUUUCUCUGACAGCCAAAUUGGACGAGGCCGUAGGCCGAGUCCUUUUUUGGCUGUCCUCGGAAUUUUUUUCAUCCAGUUAUUUCCAAAUUGGAUAGCACGUACUCCUACUACAUAUACAAAUGACAUUAAUAGGGACAGCCCGUUGAAACGAACACUUUCAGUGGCCCCUUCCUAUUAACCGGGUUAGACUAUUUUUUUUCGUAAAAAUGUUCUUUUCUCUCUAACAGGUAAACAUGGGGAUGUUUCUCAUACUUUUGCGAGUUAUUUUUGGAAAGCUGUCCAAUAAAUACAACAAAGAGCACGUUAAGUUUGCAAGGUGCUAAUCUCUGUUUAUUAUCUUAUCAGUCUUUUUGAGGACUGUGAAUGAGAUUCCGCUUUUGCUAAUCAUCGUAGUAAGGUUGUGGGAAAAAAGAGUGUGCCUGGGAAAGUUGACAACAACUACAACAACCACAACAACAAUAAAAAAUGGCAACAUGCAAAACUAGUUGAUGAAAUUGUUCCUUGUAUCUUUUUAUCUGGCACUUGAAAAAGCAGCAACCGUACACCCAAGUCUACACCCACAGAGUAAUUUCGUUUCAACUGAUUACAAUACACUACACACUACAGUAUAACAGCUUACAGCCUUAUAUUAUAGUUACAUGUAUAAUAAUAAAAUGCGAGCAAACAUCAUUAAUUGAAACAAAGGGAUCCUCAAGCGAAUAUACUGCUUGAGAAUUUUGUCAAAGAUGAAAUCACAUAAAGAUUCACCUUUUAAAGAGAUGAUUUAAAAUUCCGUUACCCUGUUUAUAAGGCAAGAGAGCUAUUUUCUGGACCCUGAUUUAUAUCAUUUCGCAUACAAACUUAAUGCAAAAAAAAAUGUUGGUAUCACUCAAUCGCCAACUUUGGCUUACCGAAAAAGGGACCCUACUCAAGAAGCUAAAUUAUGAAAUUGUCUAAUAUAUAGAUUUAGCCAGGGCUAAAAGCGAAGCUCUCGUUUAGAAAUUCAUAAUUUAAACCAAACAAUAAACUUGCAAUGCACAGAUCAGGGCACAUUCAUUUGACUUUUGAGGCAAAGGCUAAGUGAUUUUAGAGAAAAAUAAUUUGACAGUCCAAGAGUGAAACAAAUUUUACCUCGAGUUAUUAAAUAGUCUUAUUUUUACACCCAAGAUAGCAAUCAUGUUCGAUCACAGUACAUUAGGCCUGGAAAACAAAUAGAACUAUUCAUGUAUUGUAUUUGCAUUAGCUGUUGCAUCAUAAUGUGGCAUUCACCAGUCUCUCCAACAUUGCUCCGUUAGAGAGACUAUGGAUAAUUGGACAACCCCGAAAUAUAAUUUUAAGAAACACACGCGCCACGAUAGUCCUUGGUGGCAGCCAAUUUACACGUUGCAUUCCUCUGUCUAAAAGAGAGGCCAAAAUAAAAAAUCAGGCCGGAUUUUUUGUGUUCGACAAGUUUAGUUUACUAGUAAAUCUUGGCGACGAAUCUGGUGGCGUGUAAACCAGCCUUAUAAACAUACUUUUUCUCAUCACGUCUCAGGUAAACAGUACUCUGAGGCCCUUUUUUAUCAUACAGACCUCGGACAGAAUUUUUUCUUUUUUGCCCUAUUCAAACCUAUAAUUCGGCAGUUUUGUCACAAUUUUGCAAGAGAAUUUGCACUCAUUCAAUAUCCACGACGAUCAAAGCACGCGCUUCCUUUGCACAACAAAUUAUAGCAUUGAAUUAUAAAACGUUGUCAUGAAGAGAAUUCUCAGAUAAUGCCGGGACUUUUUAGUUAGAAAAAUCUGGUCCUAUGUGAUAUGCAGGGUAAUAAUUACGGGCUUUAAAUGAAAACGAUAAAAAAAAUUCCCCAAAUCACUUUUCGGCCAGCCGGACGGGUUCUCACUUUUGACAGGCACCAAAUUUGCAGUGCGACUAAUACAGUUACCAUUUACGCUUCAACGUGAUAGAGAAAUUGUUAUGUUUAGGUUUUAUUUCCCUUUAUUUAGUAAACUGUGUAUGGUUUUGUUAUUUGUAAUCUUUAAAAGCGAGUGAUAUUUACGGGCGGCGUUUUGAGUAUUCCUGCAUGCGAUGUUUAUGUUCGACUGGAAACAACCGGUGCAGCGAUAAAAAUUGCGAGAGAGACUACUAACAAUCAAUAAAAUAAACAUAAUUCGGUGAAACAUGUACAGAGACAAUAAUUUUCAUUCACGAAGAGAAGUAUUGAGAGUAAAGUGUCUCUGAAAAUCAUGAGUCAGGUACGCAUAAACUUAUUUAUUUUUUAAGCCGGCUCCCGGUGUUUGCUCUUUUUCAAGAUAAACUCGAGGCAAGAAAAUCCCUCAGAGCUUUCUGUUUACAACCAAAAUCAUAAGUAAAUAAUCUUCGGAACCUUUUCUUUGAAUUUGCGGUGAAAAAAUGUAUAAAGGCUUUUUAAACCUGAUACUAUUGUAGGUUAGAUCAUUGCUCGUGUAUAAACUUAAGCCGCAUAAACCAUACGCUCGACUUCAAGAAACCGAAAAAAAAAAAACACAUCAAAGACAAUAAUUGCUCAGGCUUACCAGUCGAGAUGCUGCUUCUGAAGGUCAUCAAGUGUUCCAGAAUCGCUUGAGACUUUUCAACCCUCUUACGCCUCAAGCAAGGGCAAGUGAGUAAGCUCAUUUUUGAAAACGAUGCCAUCCGAAAUCGGAUUUCCAAUGACUUUGACAAGCGGUGCAUUUGUGAACAAAAAGCGCAAUAAACAAACCAGCCAUGAAUUACAGAACAAUCUAGAUAGCAGCUGUAUUUCAUUUUGUACACCAAGUAGAAAAAGACAGUUUAAAACAUCACAAGAUGAGACAAAACUCCCGGACAAAACUCUGUCAGCUCCAGCUAUCAGUAAGCAAGUUUCCAGACGCUGCAUAAAUUUUCCGCGUGAACUCACCUGUCAAAUUUUGACCAAUCAGAACAUAAGAAGUGGACGUAGAGCGUGAUCAACGCGUGACAGUGAGAAAAGUCAAAAGCGAUUGCCUUCCUUGCAUGUAAUGUAAAAGCCUGUUGAAUUUUCGCGUCCGAAGUCAGUUCGAAAUCAACAUUUUAAAAGUGCUGCUCAUGAACACAACUUAUUUCAUAUGCAUUUUAAAAAAAUUGAACUUGAGCCUGCGAUCACUUGAAAAGUAUCAACUUGUCAGCGGAUACCUUCAAAAAAACACUCAAAGUCAGUGGAUCGAUACCUGAGCCCGCGAUACGGUCAGGCGAUACUGGUCAGCAGAAACACUAUUUUGACAGCUGUCAAUUAAUCAAAACAUGGAUGUACAAUAUCAGGCUGCAGGCUCCCAAACUAGCUAGAAAGUGUGAGAUUAACCAUUGGUAUGCCUGUGGUGCGGACGGACAAAAAGUCGGGUGGUCAGUGUACGGUCACGUGAUUGCCGAAUUCUCUAAGAUGGAUAGAUUUUCUAAGCUAUGGGGCUUCGAAUUGAGCCCGUGAUCAAAUAAAAUAUCAGCGCAAAACUUUAAACACUACGUGACCUUAAUGGAUAGAAAAAUGAGCCCGCGAUACACUCAGGUGAUGAUGGUCAGCGUAUAAUCUAGUUUGACAGCUGUCAAUUAAACCUCAUUAUAAUGGCGAAUAUUCGAAUUAACAGACCACGAGUGUGAGUAAGACAUAUCCGUCCGGCAUGUAGUGGAAAAUGCCAGAUCGUGUACCUGGGCGAACCUGAGCCCACGUCAUUAGUUUUCUGAUAGUGGUCUGCACAUGUCCCAUUUUGAAAGCUGUAAAUUGACCUUAAUUUGGCUUGGCAAUAUAACUUUAAACAACUGUCAGCCAACUGACAGCCUUGCCCGGCGUAGUUUCGUUUUUAUGUUGAAUUGGUAAGUGUGACAUAUUAUAUCAGCUUACAUGUAGGGGCAAAACGACUGGCCUUUCAUCAGAGCCCGCGAAAUGGUCAUGUGAUAAUUGUCAGCGGAUGUCUCAUUUUGACAGCUGUCAAUCUAAUCGUCCUCAUAUGGAUGGCUUACAUAACUAAGAGGCUAGUCAAGUUGUGCAAGAUCUAUUGUGACAUUUGACAUCGGCUUACAUGAAAUGUGUGUACGGGUGGGCGUACGCUACGUCAUAACCAAAUUUUCUCGGAUGGAUAGUUUACCAAAUUUUCUUACCCAUGGUGCUCCGCUGCGCGCGCGCUUCGCGGGCGCGAGAGCUCCGCUAUUACUCUUGUUUAAGUCUCAAAAGCGUGAAAACCAUAUCCUUUUAAGCUGCACAAACCCGUUUAGGGCAAAGAAGGAAGUACUCUAAAUCAUAAACUGAAUACCAUUCAGGUCUUCUUUUACCUUUUCAAAGGAAAGGGUUACGAAGCAUGUUGGCCUUACUUCCACUGUUGGGUGUCACGUAUAUUUUGGGAUAUUUCCUUCAAUUCCACAUCGCCGUUCAGUACCUGUUUGUUUUGCUGAAUUCCACGCAGGUUUGUUGUUUACACAAGAAUAGAUAUUAAUUAACCCGAAAUGUCAGAAAUUUGUAGCCAAUAAUCUAGCCAUCUCGCCAUCUUGGUAUUACUUUCUAUGUUAAAACAAAAAAAAAAGGUCAUUCAGCCUUUCCGAAAAUGUGAGGUGCGAUGGAAAUUAAUUUUUACUUUAAUUUAGUCAAGAGCUGCUGUUACAGGAGACAACUCGAACUACAAUCGGCGACAAAAUUAGUUGAGAAAUUUUGCCCUUAAGUGUCUUUCUGACGUUUUGCCGUCUUCAAAAGGGUAUAAUGAAGCUUUCCCUCCCCAUACCCCCAUGCAAUGUUGUGCCGCUAUUUGCGCUAUCUCUUGGAGAAAACAAACACCACAGCUUUGACAGGAGGAGAGGGUAUAAAGAUGGGGGGAGGAAUUUUUUUCGUCCAAAGUUACCUCAUUUGAGGACAUCAUAUCAGCAAUUUUGUCGCUGAUACACACAAAGACAUCAACAGGUUUUUCCGCCUGUAGGUAAAACAAUUUCAGCAACGGGCACCUACAACUAAUGGUAAUUAGUUAUGGAUUAUCAAAGCAAACGUCUCUUUCGAUUUACAAACAUGCUUCUGAUGAGUAACGAACUUAUAAUCGGAUUAGAAUCUUUUGUGGCCUUAAUAUUAAUCUUAACCGUUUUUACGAUCUUUCUUACUUACUAUCCAAUUACAGGUCCGCUUUUUUAAAUGUUUCCAUGUCGACGUACUACUCAGAUCUUAAUGGUAACCGGAAUUUGAUCAACGGAUUCCGCAUGCUUUUGUCAAUUGAAGUCAAGGAAAAUGCCCACAUAUGAUUUUUUUUUUCUGUUCACAGGGAGUCACUUUUACCAUUUUUCACUACGUUUUUGACGAUCAGGUAUUUGGUUAUAAAGCUCAGGGUAGCUUGUGCUACAGUUAAUGAUCAUUGCUGAAAGAAAAAAGUAAAAUUGCCUGAAUCAGAGGACGCCUGCACUAAUAUAUAGAUUUUGCAAGAGCUAAAAGCGAAGUCUCCGUUUAUAUACUUAUAACAAAAGAAAUUUAAUUUUGAUCCACUAAAAAGAAAUCUUGAAAUCCCUUCUUAAUAACCUUAUGAACCCUCCAUUUACCCUUUGAGGGAGGGCCUGAGUGAAAAAGAAAAAAAUAUCCCGCAAACACACCUGCAAUGAAAAAACUCUCCCAUCAAGCUAAUGAAUUAAUGUACCUCGAAGCAAUACUUUCCUCGUACAAUUGAGAUGACAACUUGCUGCCAUUAAAGAAUGUUUUUAAACGUAUACAACACAGUUUUUGAAAAAGGUUCAACAUGCGUUUUGUAUAUAAACGACGGUGUUGGAUGAAGUCAGUGGAGCCCUGGGAGUUAAACAUGUUCGAUCCGCAAUUGACCAUUUCCAAACAGAUGGAAAUAGGUGAUUCUUUUCUAUUAUUCUCGUUUUCCUUCUCUAACUGUGUCUGUCGCUGUGACUUCAGAUUACUGAAGGACUGAAGAAGCUCUGCCGAAAGAACACUGUCCCACAAAAGCGAAGGAAAAAUCCAAAGACUCCAAGGAAACUAAUAAAAAGAAAAGUAAAGGUAAUUACAAUAUUUACAUCAGAGCUGCAGUUCAAAUUCUUCAACCGACAUGUUUUUUUGUUCACGAUCGAGCAUUGUCAGCAUUCCACAGACAAGUACUAUACAUGGGAUGAAUGUUCAUAAGAAAGACCUAUCUAUUCUCCAGACCUGAACGACGAUCAGGUCCGUAUAACACCCUAGGGGUAAAGGGCACUUCAAAGAAGUCUAAUCGUCUAAGCCGUGGGUUACGAAAAUGAGUGGACGAUCAGAUAUGGGUUACCGUUGUUUCAGGUUUUCAGUUCUAGUCUUCAAUAUGCCAAUAUUUUCUGUUAAACAAUGAGAUUGUCGAAUGAAAAAUUACUUUGAAGUGAUUUGUAAACAGGGGCUAAAUUUUGUUUAAGUACUCCGCCCAAGUGAUUUUUCUGAUCCCUACUAUCUAUCUGUAAAUUGAAUAGGUAUCGUCAGCUUUCAAUGUAAAUAACUUUCAUAUUGUCUUAUCAAAAUUUUAUCAGCUUUCUCUAUUUAUUUCAUUUUAUUUAUAUAUUUGUAACAAUAUGAGUAUGAAAAGGGUUACAAAUCUCUGUGAGCUUCAUCUUUAGUUUGAAAACAAUCUUUCUUAGCCCAGUCUUAAGGUGUUUUCAUGCAUUUUGAUUUAAUCUUUCCCCAUUUUGUUUUUUAUUAACACUCAGAUAGCGGAUAUCCAACUAUAGUAAAGGUGGUAAAGAUGAAUGGAGCCAAUCAGACAACUAAAGGGACGAACGAGUGAUUAGAAACCGCUGUUUAAAGAUUAUCAUUUACAUUAUUAGCUUGUGUAAAAGCGCUGACAUUAACUAUUUGUACGUAAUAUAACAAAGCCGGCAACUGCGAAUGAAGAGGUACGUAAUUGUCGAAGUGUUUGACAUUACUUGUAAGCACGCGUUUUUUUAAAAGGGGAAUAACAUCAUCAUCAUUAUAAAAGACCAUGAUAUUAAGCUACCGCUCUUCUUGUCAUGGUAAAGAACGACAAAGAACAAGAAGGCCUGUGUUAAUUCAUAUAAAACACUUUGUGGGGAGGUUGGUUUAUUUAAGUAAUCUUUGGCGAAUUUAUAAUUAGAAAGGAUGGUAAAACAUUAUGCUUUUGUCAGAUGAUUUUUCUAGAUGAUUGUAUUCAGUAAUGCCAAGUUACAGGAAGAUGCAUGAGGAAUUAUUAAUACCAAACACUCCACUUAUUAUAUUGUUGUCGCAGCUUACUGUUGCAGUUUAAGGCCUCGGUCUAAUGUAGGGCUUUCCAUGAGACCUGAACUAAACUCUUCAUUUGAGUCGACCUAAAUUAAGCUGACUCAGAACAAAAAGCAAUCUUAAUAAAUUUUCUCUUUCACAAACGUAACUCACAAAGUUUGGUUCGUCUCAUGAAAUGGUCGACCACGUUAGUCCUAGGCCUAAGAAAGAAAGAUUAACAGAAUCGUAGUUGCUGAAUAAAAAAGCCGCACAUAUAAAACGAUGCACGCAGAAUUGUACGGCCAUUUACGAGCUUCUGAAUAAAGGCACAAAACGAAUAAUGAAUACGAUUUUUUUUAAUACCACUUUAUUGAUAGGUUUAGUCCCAGGGCCCGUUUUAAAAGGAAAUGCUCAAGCUUUUACCGUCUAUUGUCACCUUUUUGUGCGAUCCAAUGGCCCAACCCUGUGGUGCAUGAUCCUCUUUGAUGUGAAGUAAAUGAAAUAAUUCAUUUUUGAACUGCGGUUGUAGAUGAAAGUGAAGAAUGAUCAUCGCAGUAAAUUUUCCAAUUUAAGCAAUUGGAAAGAAGAAGCCUGAAAAAAAAAUCAGGGCUUCAACGGGAUUCGAACCUCGCUCCCAAUGUGUGGCUUCAUAGCUCAGUUGGUAGAGCAACGCACCGGUAAAACGCGGAGGUCACGGGUUCGAAUCCCGUUGAAGCCCUGAUUUUUUCAGGCUUCUACUUUCCAACUGCUUAAAUUGGAAAAUUUAUUGCGAUGAUCAUUCUUCACUUUCAUGAUCCUCUUUGGCGGGAAUUCUUAUGGCCAACCAAAGUACUUUGGGUGGAAAUCUCAUUUUCCACGAGAAUGUGACAUGAAAUCAUUGCCUAACGCACUUGGCGAUAGAAUUCGCGUAAAUACUGUCUUGAAGUAUUUAAAGCUAUGCAAAGACGAAAAAACUAGGAAUAACUGUUCCAUUGCCAAAUAUAUUCAGGGUUGUAGUUACUUACCUAAAGCAUAGAGAACCAGUUGAGAUGUUUCUCACGGAUUUGGAAGCAUUUGGGCUUUGGGUGUGGCUGAACUAUAUGUACCCAUGACUUAAAACAAAGAUUAUUGUUAUUCAUCGUAGUGAAUAACAUGUUUAUAAGUAGUGUUGUUUAUUUUUUCUAAGUUAGAUCGCGAAGUUUCGACCGCUUAAUGUUUGAAGUCUUCAUCGCCAAUGCUUACAUUCAAUGAAUUUGACAGAUCAUUUCACUUUUUUCUCUGGUACUACCAGGUGUUUGUCUACUGGUUUAAAUUAAUCUUUCUUGAAAGAUAAAGACUGAGCAAUGUUUGACCAUGACAUGUAUAGCAUAAGAUCAUCAGACAAGCAGUUCCUCAAAAUUGUUUGCCCAAAAUGUCACGAGGUUAACUCUUUAGUGGUGUGCUCAUUAUGGAUAUUUUUUGUUUUACCUAACCAUUUUUUUUUCUUGAUUCAGGGUAUGGGUUUGGCCAAAUAGUUUUAUUUCUUCUUUAUUUCGUUUAUGGAGGGUUGGUUUUGGGUAGUUAAACCUUGUUCCACCUUUCAUAAUUGGAUAUUUUUAUGUAAAAUGAAUCUGCAAAUAAAUAAAUAAAUACAUUUUUUAAAUGUACAAAGUACUCAAAAGUACUUUGUUAACAGAGCUUAUAAAAUGACACUGAGGGAGAAAGCUUCUUGGGAACAUGAUAUUAGGCCAGAUUUGGCUGGAUCCAUAGGUGUUCGUUCCAACAAUUAAUAGACCGGAAAUUACAGUGAAACCUGUAUCAAGCGGAAACCCUCUAUUAAGCGGACAGUAGCCGAAGUCCCAAGAUCUAUUUCCCUUAUUUGCUUUAAAUGAAACCUUUAUUAAGCGGACACCUCUAUUAAGAGGACGCGGACACCUAAAAAGUACCUGAAAUGGUCAUUUCUAUUGUUACCAACCUGUAUUAAACGGACAACACCACCCAACAUGCCAGACGCCGGAAAUGCGAAAAUUGCCUCGAAUUGCCACCCCCCAAUUUUUCUAUUUAAACAUUAAAAAACGUGACGAACAUAUUUGAUUAGUUUCACAGUACAGUAUUGUUUUCUAUUUCGUUUUGUUAGUAUAGAGCUUGUUUCACUCAUCUUAUUUCUUCAAAUUUGAGUUGCAAUUUAUGUUUAUGGUAUUGUGAUCAACUGGUCCACUUUGAUAAAGAAAUUAAUGCAAACGUAUAUCGUCAAAAUCUCUGGUAGUUAGCCUGUUCCUAGCUCCGAGGUAGUGGUGAAAAGUCGUUCAGUAAAAAGAAAUGCGAAAAACGCGCGGGGGCUGGGGAAACAUUUUUCUCGCUGCCACCGCCCCCUUUCCCAAGUCACGCGAGUCUUAUUUUCGCUUUGCUCGUUUUAAUACGUCCGCAUUAUACUAUCUGAGAGCCUGGCACAGGCUAUCUGGGAGUAUUCUUAACCUUUCCACUGUUCAUUUAAAUGGCAUUUGACACCUCAUAUGACGUUAUCUAUCGAAACCUGUAUUGGGCGGACACCCUAUAUUAAGCCGGACACUACAGAAUUCCCCGAGGGUGUCCGCUUAAUACAGGUUUCACCGUAUCUAGUUGGGCUAGGUAUUGCUUGAUUGAUGUUCAUCAAGUCUGAUUAGAAAAAAAUCAACUAUGGCUUGCUUUGUUACUCUUUUGAACAUGCCUGGUACAAAAUUAGUUUCCGUAAUUCAUUAAAAUGAUAAAGACAAUCUCUCUGUUAUUAUUCAUGUGUAUGAAUAUAGUGCGCCUGGAGUAAAUUGCCCGUUGCAAAGAAUUAUUCAGAUGGCUUUCUUCUCGUCUUUAAAAAAUGCCAAUGAUAUUUUGCUCAGGAAAUAAAAUAUCACUGAUUAUUAUGUGGCAAAGCCAGUCUUACGCAAAUCCGUGCGCUCUGAUUGGUUCUUUCUUGGUCAGCCAUAGACGAUUUUGUCAACCAACGUACAGGAAAGCGCAAACACAAAAAAGAAGACGGUUACGGAUAUGAACACUCUUCUCCGUUACAUGGAAGCUAAU